UUCCACAAAAGAUGGCGGACCGAACGCCUGGCGGCUCUCAGAAAGCUAGCGCGAAGGCGCUGCUCGAGAGCAAGCUGAAGUCCUUCAGCAUCGGCAAGAUGGCAGUGGCCAAGAGGACGCUGAGCAAGAAGGAGCAGGAUGAAUUAAAGAAGAAGAAGGAUGAGCUGCAAGCGGCGGAGAUUUACGAGGAGUUUCUUGCCGCUUUUGAAGGAGGGGACGGCAAAGUCAAGGCCUUUGUCCGUGGUGGUAUCGCAAAUGCAACAAAAGAAGAAGCAGAUACCGAUGAGAAGAAAGGGAAGUUGUACAAGCCCAAGUCACGUUUUGACUCUCAACCAAAAAGCUUCUUGCCCUUGGAUACCCCAACUCAGUUUGUAGCAGUAGACAAAAGAACUCCUGUAAAGAAGACUACUGAAAAGGAGAAGAAGAAGAGCAACUUGGAACUUUUCAAAGAAGAACUUAAGCAAAUACAAGAAGAAAGGGACGAAAGACACAAGCUGAAGGGGCGUGUCAGCCGCUUCGAGCCUCUCGCAGGCGCUGAAGGAAGACGCUCAUCGGAUGGUUCUUCAAGAAGAAACCGUCCGUCCAGUGUUCUGGACGAUUGUGCGCCAGGUUCCCACGACGUCGGGGACCCGUCCACCACCAACUUGUAUCUUGGAAACAUCAAUCCACAGAUGAAUGAGGAGAUGCUGUGUCAAGAGUUUGGCAGAUAUGGCCCGCUGGCCAGUGUGAAGAUCAUGUGGCCGAGGACGGACGAAGAAAGGGCUCGGGAGAGGAACUGUGGCUUUGUGGCCUUCAUGAACAGGAGGGAUGCUGAGCGAGCACUCAAGAACCUCAACGGAAAGAUGAUAAUGAACUUUGAGAUGAAAUUAGGGUGGGGCAAAGGUGUGCCCAUUCCACCCCAUCCCAUUUACAUCCCUCCUUCCAUGAUGGAGCACACACUCCCACCACCUCCCUCCGGCCUUCCCUUCAACGCACAGCCCCGGGAGAGGUUAAAGAACCCCAGUGCCACCAUGCUUCCUCCACCCAAAAACAAGGAGGAGUUUGAGAAGACUCUGUCGCAAGCCAUAGUCAAAGUGGUUAUCCCAACAGAAAGGAAUUUGCUCUCUCUAAUCCACCGAAUGAUCGAGUUUGUGGUGCGUGAAGGCCCAAUGUUUGAAGCCAUGAUCAUGAACAGAGAAAUCAACAAUGCCAUGUACAGGUUCCUUUUCGAGAACCAGAGCCCGGCACACGUAUACUACAGAUGGAAGCUGUACUCCAUACUACAGGGUGAAGCACCAGCCAAAUGGCGAACAGAUGACUUCAGGAUGUUUAAAAAUGGCUCUUUCUGGCAUCCACCUCCUCUUAAUCCAUACCUCCAUGGUCCUUACGAUGAUGGGGAGGAAGAAGAGGAUGAUGAGGACGGCGUCAGGAAAGGAAGCUUGAAAGAAGACGAGCGAGACAAACUAGAGGAGAUGCUCCGUGCUAUGACUCCAAGGAGAGGAGACAUCGCAGAGGCCAUGCUGUUUUGUCUCAAUCGCGCUGAAGCUGCUGAGGAGAUCGUGGAGUGUGUCACCGAGUCUCUCUCCAUCCUCAAGACCCCUCUUCCCAAGAAGAUUGCAAGGUUAUAUCUUGUUUCCGAUGUGCUGUAUAACUCUUCUGCCAAAGUAGCCAAUGCCUCAUACUACAGAAAAUAUUUUGAGACAAAACUCUGCCAGAUUUUCUCAGACCUCAAUUCAACAUACAAAUCCAUACAGGGCCACCUUCAAAGCGAGAACUUUAAGCAACGAGUAAUGUCGUGUUUCCGGGCCUGGGAGGACUGGGCUGUGUAUCCCGACCCGUUCCUCAUCAAGCUGCAGAACAUCUUUCUGGGUCUAGUCAAUCUCACGGUGGAGAAGGAACCUCCUUGCGUCAUUGUGGAGGUUGAGCCACCGGAGGACAUCGAUGGGGCUCCGAUAGGCGAGUACGUAGAUGGGAGUCCACUGGAGGAUGUGGACGGAGUGCCGAUUGACGGAGGGGCCAUUGACGGGGCCCCUAUUGAUGGAGCCCCCCUGGAUGACCUGGAUGGAAUUCCUAUCAAACCCAUGGAAGAAGACAUAGAUGGAAUACCUUUCGAUCAGUGUAAAGAAGCGGCCUUCAAGGUAGCGCCUUCAAAGUGGGAGGCAGUGGACGAGUCGGAGUUAUCAUCUCAAGCUGUGACGACCUCGAAGUGGGAGGCGUUGGAGCAGCCAGAACAAACAAAAAAAAAUGAGGAGGACAGUGAUGAAGACGUGCGGAGCCCUCGCUCAGACGAACAUCAGAGCUUCUCCAAUCCCACGAGAGACGAUUCAGAUACUAAGACCAAGAUCUCUGAAAUGAAUGAGGAGAAACGCACCAAGCUCAGAGAGAUCGAGGUUAAGGUCGUGAAGUUCCAGGAUGAGCUGGAGUUUGGGAAAAGGCCAAAGAAGUCUGGUCAGAGUAUCCAGGAGCAGGUGGAGCAUUACAGGGACAAACUUCUACAAAAGGAAAAAGAAAAGGAGAAACUUGAGCGGGAAAAAGAGCGGGAGAAGAAAGAGAAGGAGAAAGCCGAUGCUCGGUUGAAAGACUUGAAGAAGGAAAAAGAGAAGGAGGACACGCCAACCAGGAAAGAGAGACAUGCGUCCUCUGUGGUUGACAGGAAGCGGCGCCACAGCGGCUCACCCAGCCCGACUCGGAGCAGCAGCAGACGGGGCCGCUCCUCCUCGCCGCGGUCGGAGCGCUCGGAGAGAUCCGAACGUUCUGACCGCUCGUUCUCUAAAGACACAACCUCCCGCUCCACCCACAAAGACUCCCCCCGAACCAGCAGCAAGAAGUCCUCCAAGAGAUCUCCCUCAUUACCUCGCACACCCAAACGAUCCCGGCGGUCGCGAUCCAAGACGCCCAAGAAAUCAACCAAGAAGUCCCGCUCCAAAUCCCGGUCUCCUCACAAGUCUCACAAAAAAUCAAAGAAGAGCAAACACUGACGUCUUUUUAGUUUUUUCUUUUUCUUUCUGGAACCUCUCCUCCGCCCCUCUCUGCGCCGUGUUGUAUAAAAGAUUGAGUGAUUUGGCAGCGGAAGAUCUCUGCCCAAGAUAAUGUUAAUGUAUAGAUGAUGAAGAGUGGAGGCUGCUGCAUGGGUUGCCAUCUGGUGUAUCAAAUGGAUGGGGGCCAUUGCUGUUUUAUAUUGUACAAAAAAAUACUGUGCUUGUGUGUCCUGAUUCCCAUCCACCUCCCAGUGGAAUUCAUCAACGUGGUAGACCACUCCCAUACCGAGUGUGACGACAAUAGUCUUACAAUAAUGCUGUCAUUUUCUGUUUUUGUAGUUCACAUUAAAAAUAAUUCCUAAUAAA